GCUCCGCGCCCCGCCCCUCCUGUCGCAAGCUGCCGACCGAGCCUAUUCGGGGAGGCGGGGCCUGGCUCGGGCAGCAGCGCGCGCGGAUUCAAAUGGCGGCGGUUGGCAGUGACAGGAGCCGGGGCAGCUCAGGACAAUUAUCCACAAUGGAAACAGCAACUGCAUUCAAGACUCCUAACAAAAUAACUAAUAGGAAGAAAUCUGACAAUGGGCCAUGUGGACCUUCAGCUUCUGUAGUUAUUCCAGCCUCUCCUUUCAUGCAGAAGCUUGGUUAUGGAACUGGGGUAAAUGUUUACCUUAUGAAAAGAUCUCCCAAAGGCUUGUCUCAUUCCCCAUGGGCUGUGAAGAAAAUUAAUCCAAAAUGUGACAAUAAGCAGCAAAAUAUAUAUCAACAGAGACUGAAUGAAGAAGCCAAGAUUCUGAAAAACCUUCAGCACCCAAACAUUGUAGGAUACCGUGCAUUUACUCAGGCCAACGAUGGAAGCAUGUGCCUUGCUAUGGAAUACGGAGGAGAAAAAUCUCUCAAUGACUUAAUUGAAGAGAGAAAUACAAAAUAUCAGGGCCCUUUUCCUGCUGCUACAAUUCUCAACGUUGCCUUGAACAUGGCAAGAGGGUUGAAGUAUCUGCAUAACGAUAAAAAACUGCUCCAUGGAGACAUCAAGUCUUCUAACGUUGUCAUUAAAGGUGACUUUGAGUCGAUAAAAAUCUGUGAUGUGGGAGUGUCCCUGCCACUGGAUGAGAACAUGACUGUGAGUGACCCGGAGGCACUUUACAUUGGCACAGAGCCGUGGAAACCCAAGGAAGCUCUGGAGGAUGGUGGUGUUAUCACUGAUAAGGCAGACAUCUUUGCUUUUGGCCUGACUCUGUGGGAGAUGAUGACCCUCUCCAUACCUCAUCUGAACCUGCCUGACGAGGAUGACGACGACAACGAAGAGACUACAUUUGAUGAAGAUGACUUUGAUGAUGAGGCGUAUUAUGCAGCUCUGGGCACCAGGCCACCACUGAACAUGGAGGAGCUGGACCAGUCAUACCAGAAAGCGAUUGAAAUGUUUUCCAUCUGCACGUGUGAGGACCCGAAGCAGCGUCCCUCUGCUGCACACAUUGUUGCAGUCUUGGAGGAAGACAUGCAUCCCCAGUAACUGACUACAUCUCUCUGCAUUCUGGUGGGGAGGCUUCUACAUGUAACUUCAGUAUUUCUCCUCGUACGCUGAUAGUUAUGCAAGAAUCCAGUGUAACCUAAAUUCUUGGUAUCAGGGCUUCUAGAGAGGAUCAGCAGUGAGACAAUGCCAACCAGAGGGUUAGCUUUAGAUAUACAUUGCGAAAACUUGGUUUUGUAAGUACCAUCAGAAACUCUUAAAGAGCAUAUAAACUUACUCUACACAUCCUCUGGUAUUUACAACUUUGUUGUAAGAUAUAGGCAAUUCUUUAAGAAAUGACCUUUGCACUGGAUGAGUUUAUAGCAUUCUGUAGCUUUAAACAAAUAUUAAGCAUUUAAGAAAAACCUAGCAAUUCCUUAAAACAGAUAGUUCUGAUGUGAAUUAAUAAAAUAGCUGUGUUUG